AUGCACAGGUACUCAAGUCUCACUAAAGUAUUGAGGAUUACAGCUAUCUGUUUCAGAUUCGUCUCACGGUUGAGGAAGGUCCACGACUCAUUGCCUGUCAGACACAUCUCUCCAGAGACCUUGGGAAAGGCGAGGCUCUUCUGGAUUCAGGCAACUCAAGCAACGUACUUCUCGUACGAGCUCAUGGCGCUACAAGCCGACUCACUGGUGGCAAAAGCACACGCAUUCAACAGAUUGACGACGUACAUCGACGCUCAAGGAGUCAUUCGCGUCGGCGGACGACUCACUCACGCAGCUCUUUCACUCAAUGCGACACAUCCCGUAAUAUUGCCUCGCCACUCUCAGCUGUCGUCAUUGAUCAUCGCUCACGCUCAUCAACGGACUCUACAUAGAGGCACGCAGCUUACGCUGUCACACAUCCGACAACAAUACUGGAUUCUCGGCGGGAGGGCUCCUGUCAAGUCUCACAUUCUGCGGUGUGUCACGUGUGCUCGGCAGAGGGGGAUCCGUGCUCAUCAAUUGAUGGGCCAACUACCUCUCUCUCGGGUUACGCAGGCACGACCAUUCACUUAUACAGGUGUGGACUACGCAGGGCCACUCACCGUGAAAACGUGGAAGGGAAGAGGUGCCAAAACCUGUAAAGGCUGGAUCUGCGUUUUCGUCUGCUUCUCAACCUCAGCAGUACACCUCGAGGCGGUCAGUGAUUACUCAUCCGAAGGGUUCAUUGCCGUCUAUCGACGAUUCUCAUCCAGACGCGGCGUCGCUCACACCUUACACUCAGACUGCGGCACCAAUUUCAUCGGCGCGGAUACAGCUCUCAAAAGGCUGUUAAUCCAGAGCACUCAAGAACAUCAGCGCAUUUCUCAACUGCUCUCGCAAGACAACACCCGAUGGGAAUUUAAUCCCCCAGCGACACCUCACAUGGGAGGAAAAUGGGAGGCCGUCGUAAAAUCCAUAAAGUAUCAUCUACGGCGCACCAUUGGAGAAAGCGUGCUCACCUUUGAGGAGCUCACCACAUUGCUCACUCAAGUGGAGGCAAUUCUCAACUCGCGACCUCUCGAACCAUUGAGUGACGACGCAGACGACAUCUCAGCACUCACGCCAGGUCACUUCCUCGUAGGAAGUCCGCUCACCACCAUACCAGAGCCAUCACUCGCCGACCUGGCAAUCUCAAGACUCUCACGAUGGCAGCUCAUCCAGCAAAAGGCACAACAUUUUUGGACACAAUGGUCAGCGCAUGACCUACAACGUCAACAAGCCAUCUCAUAG